UUUACACUUGGUUCCUUCCAGCCCACCCGCUCUCCCCCUCGUACCAAGAUGGCGGCAGAAGGAGCUGGUGGGAAAUACAGAAGCACAGUCAGCAAAAGCAAAGACCCCUCGGGGCUGCUCAUCUCUGUGAUCAGGACCCUGUCUACCAGUGAUGAUGUUGAAGACAGAGAAAACGAGAAGGGGCGUCUCGAAGAAGCCUAUGAGAGGUGUGACCGUGACCUGGAUGAACUCAUUGUACGGCACUACACAGAACUGACAACUGCCAUCCGCACCUACCAGAGCAUCACAGAGCGCAUCACCAACUCCCGAAACAAAAUCAAGCAGGUAAAAGAGAAUCUGCUUUCAUGCAAGAUGCUAUUGCACUGCAAACGAGAUGAGCUUCGGAAGCUGUGGAUUGAAGGAAUUGAGCAUAAGCAUGUUCUGAACCUGCUGGAUGAAAUCGAGAAUAUCAAGCAAGUGCCUCAAAAGCUGGAACAGUGCAUGGCCAGCAAGCACUAUCUCAGUGCCACCGACAUGCUGGUGUCCGCAGUCGAGUCUUUGGAGGGCCCACUGCUCCAGGUGGAAGGACUGAGUGACCUUAGGCUGGAGUUGCACAGCAAGAAGAUGAACCUGCACUUGGUUCUCAUAGACGAGCUGCAUCGGCACCUGUACAUCAAAUCCACCAGCCGCGUUGUGCAGCAGAACAAGGAGAAAGGGAGGAUGAGCUCCCUGGUGAAGGACGCUUCUCCUGUCCCUCUGCUGGAUGUCACAAACCUUCCUACGCCUCGGAAAUUCCUCGACACCUCUCAGUAUUCUACUCCUGGAAGCUCCAGUGCAGUGAAGGAUUUAAACCUCCAGGACAUCAAGGAGGAUUUGGAGUUGGAUCCAGAGGAGAACAGCACCCUCUUUAUGGGCAUCCUCAUCAAGGGGCUGGCCAAACUGAAGAAGAUCCCAGAGACAGUGAAGGCAAUCACAGAACGCUUGGAGCAGGAACUUAAGCAAAUUGUGAAGAGGUCUACAACCCAGGUGGCCGACAGUGACUAUCAGAGGGGAGAGAACCUCACGGCUGAGAACCAACCAAGGUUACUUCUAGAACUCCUGGAGCUGCUGUUUGACAAGUUUAAUGCUGUAGCCGCUGCGCACUCUGUGGUCCUGGGAUACCUGCAAGACUCUGUGGUGGCUCCACUGAGUCAGCAGGAAGAUGUCAAAUUGUAUGACAUGGCAGAUGUGUGGGUGAAGAUCCAAGAUGUUCUGCAGAUGCUGUUGACUGAGUACUUGGAUAUGAAAAAUACACGUACAGCCUCUGAACCAUCAGCUCAGCUCAGUUAUGCCAGCAGUGGACGCGACUGUGCAGCCUUUUUUGCCAAGAAGAAGCCUCAAAGGCCAAAAAAUUCUCUUUUCAAGUUCGAAUCUUCCUCCCACGCCAUCAGCAUGAGCGCCUACUUGCGAGAACAGAGAAGAGAGCUGUACAGUCGGAGCGGAGAACUUCAAGGGGGUCCUGAUGACAACUUAAUUGAAGGUGGAGGAACAAAAUUUGUUUGCAAACCUGGAGCCAGAAAUAUUACUGUCAUAUUCCAUCCAUUAUUAAGAUUUAUUCAAGAGAUAGAGCAUGCCCUGGGACUUGGUCCUGCCAAACAGUGUCCUCUUCGAGAGUUUCUCACCGUGUACAUCAAAAAUAUCUUCCUCAAUCAGGUCUUGGCUGAGAUCAACAAGGAGAUUGAAGGAGUCACGAAAACAUCUGACCCCCUGAAGAUCCUGGCUAAUGCAGAUACCAUGAAAGUGCUGGGGGUGCAGCGGCCUCUCCUCCAGGUAAUCACAUUCUUUGAACUUAUUCUUUCUAUCAGCAGUUUUCAUUGACUUGGCAAGAGUUACAAAUUGAAAAGAGAAGAA